UCAGCAUCUUUUGGCCCACUUUAAGGGAAAGUAUUAUUUUAUUGUGGUUAUACCAUUUAAAUGGUAAGACUUUCUCCCCAAACCCCUGUCUUCAGUAUCUUGGUGAGGGCGUCCUUCGUGCGUUCUGUGUUCCGCCCCAACCCACAAGCUAAGGAUACUGAAUUACUGAUACACAUCAUAGCAUAGUGAUCAAAUCAUUGAAAAGGGGGUAUGGAGAUAAACUUAAAGGAUCUCCCUUUUGACGUAGACUUUCAUCCGUCGGAUUCUCUUGUUGCCACUGGUUUAAUCAAUGGUUAUCUCCUGUUGCAUCGUUAUGCUGCUGAGGCGGAACCACAACGCUUGCUGAAAGUUCGUGCCCACAAGAAGUCGUGUAGAGCUACUCGGUUUAUCAACGAGGGACGCGCAAUUGUGACAGGAUCCCCAGAUUGCUCCAUUCUUGCCACCGAUGUUGAAACUGGAGCAAAGAUUGCUCACCUUGAGAAUGCCCACACAGCUGCAGUCAACAGAAUAAUUAAUUUGACCGAAACAACCAUCGCCUCAGGGGACGAUGCAGGAGUUGUCAAGGUAUGGGAUACCAGACAACAAUCCUGUUGUAACACUUUUCAAGUUCACAACGAGUACAUAUCAGAUAUGACUUUUGUAUCAGAUUCAAUGAGACUUUUAGCUACAAGUGGGGAUGGUACUCUGUCUGUAUGCAGUAUCCGGAGUAAUAAGGUCCAAGCACAAUCUGAAUUUUGUGAGGAUGAACCACUCUCUCUAGCCGUAAUGAAGAAUGGCAGGAAAGUUAUAUGCGGGACACAAACAGGGACUUUGUUGUUAUAUUCAUGGGGAUUCUUCAAAGAUUGCAGUGACCGGUUUGUUGAUUUGAGCCCAAACCCAGUAGAUGCCCUCUUGAAGUAUGAUGAAGACAGGCUUGUUGCAGGAUCAUCUAAUGGGAUCAUCAGUUUGGUAGGCAUAUUGCCCAACAGAAUCAUUCAACCCAUUGCUGAGCACUCAGAAUAUCCAGUUGAGCGCCUUGCUUUUUCGCAUGAUAAGAAGCUCCUUGGAAGUAUAUCUCAUGACAACAUGUUGAAGUUGUGGGACAUGGAUGAGUUACUACAAGGUUCCAGCACAGUGACGAGAAAUAACACAGCUGCAUCAGAAAGUGACAGCGAUAGUGAUAAUGACAAUGAUGGGAUGGAUGUUGAUUCUGAUCUUGCAAAUGCUUCCAGAGGUACUAAGAGGAAGAAUACUGGUGGUGCCAACGGGCAAACCUCCAACAGUUCCUUUGGCAGUUUUUUCGAAGGUUUGUAACAUGUUGCACGUACUGUUGAGUGUAUCCCAUGUCGCAGGUAUCAAUCAGUGAAGGUGAAGGUGAAGGUUGCAGCACUUGUGUUCAGAUGGUGUUUUUGAUUAUUUAUCUAGACAAUUUAGUUUUGGUUCUUAUGGUCAUUUUUGUUUACAAAUAUGGUGCAUCAUGCUCCAUGUAGUUAUUUAUAAAUGUUUUACUUAGCCAUUUUGUUUAGGUUUUAUGAUAAUUUUCUUACAAUUGUCGCCGAAUUUAAUACUGGGACAUAGGGAGUACUAGUUUUAUUUUUCUCUCA